GCAUUUCUCUUCAGUCAGAUCGGGCGUCAAGAACGGUGCAUAUUGCAACGCUCAGUGAAAUCUUAAAAAAAAAUAUAUAAUAUACAAAUAAAAAGUGUUUAUUACUAAGUGAGAAUGGUGGAAAAGUUCUGUUGCUUUCGUUUGGAAUCCACUGCGAAAUUUUUCGCCUGGCUGGGUAUAAUAGGCUCAGUCCUCCUGGUCAUUAUUUCCAUAUUUGGCAUAGCAAAUGCACAUGAUAUUUCCAUAAAUUUAAAGCAACAUGGCUUAAAUAUACCUGAAAGCGACAUUAAACUAUAUAUCGGUAUCUACAUAGUCUUAUGUAUCGUUAAUGUGGUAGCGAGUAUUUUCUUGCUUUUGGGCACAAUCAAGAAACGCCACGGUUUUAUCAUGGUAUGGUUAAUAUGCAGUGCUUUAGGCAUAUUAUUUUCAGUUGUCUUCAUGUUCUAUACAUCUAGUUAUAGCGGUAUUUUAGGACUCGCGUUGAACAUUUAUCUUUGGAUUGCGAUGUACUCACUUUAUAAGCGAAUUCAAAUGGGAAACGAAACAACGGCCUAUCAAACCCAUGCUGAGUAUAUGCCCAAGCAAAUUGUCUAACUUGCAGAGAAAUGCUGGGGGUUUUUUUUAUCAAAUAACGAUUUUAUAUUUACAUAUAUAGUAUAUUAAACAAUGAAAAUAAAUGUUUCUUUUUAUAUGUAUAUGGAUAAUAAUUUGUACGAUUAAAUGUGAUUCGAUGA